UUCAUUCAUCAUGUUGCUCUCUGUGCUGCUGCUGUUGAUGAUAAUCAGCCAGACAGAAUCUGGUUAUUACGGUGCUGUGCUUUCAUACACCACUAAAGACGUACAAGGAGACAGAUUUACAGUUGUGGAACGUUUUAAGUUGAGCUUCAGCUCAUGUGAGGAGACUGAUUCAUGGUCUUGUUCUGGCUGUACGAAUGAGAUCGAUGAAAUCAGAGUUGAAUGGUGUCUGGGAGAGUUUACCGAUACCAAGAAGUUGACAGAUGCGGAUUUUGCCUCAUACUGGACUGGGUGGGUUGUGGGAACCUGGAUAGACAACAGAAACGACGCUUCAAAUGUACAAGCUAUGAUGCUUCGUGAGCUGAGAAAACGAUCCGACAUCAACAGAACAAACUCAUCACCUCAGACCAGCAUCAUCCCUGUUCUGAGAGUUCCCUCAAACUGUCAGAGGAACAUUGACCUGUUGACCUUUGACCCUAAUGGAGAUCAUGUUGGAUGCAGAUAUGCAGUUGACAUCCAGGAGUGCCACACCUGCACACCUCCACCUGUCCUCAGUCUCUCAUCAUCUUGUUCUCUAUCAUUCAGUCCAACCAGCAGCAGUGAUGAAGGUUCAUAUGGAGUUCAGAUGAUGAUGGAGGAUUUUCCCAGACAGACCAUCACUCUGACUGGUUACACUGGUUCAACAGCGUCGAUAAGCAACAGCAGUUCAAUGAGCAGAAUCCCUGUCCAGUUUGUUUUCAAAGUGGAUCCUGCAGCUCCGUCCUGCACAGCAGGUGAAUAUCUGCCCAGGUUUCUGCCUCCAACUCCUGAACAUGGAGCUCAGUUCUUCAUAAAAGUUACUGAGACGAUAGAAAUCAACAUCAGAGCAGAGGCGACUCAGUCUGAGAUCACUGAGCUCCUGUUCAGCGGACCGAUCAAGAUGAUCAAAAGUUCAUCUGGUUCAGGAUAUUUCAUCCUAAAAUGGACGCCGUCUGCCAUUGAUGAUGAAGAAAGCCAUCCCAUCUGUUUUGUUGUCCAGGCAACUGCCUCCAGUUCUAUCUACCAGUCUGAGUUUUGAUGUGUUAUUGUGACGGUUGGAAACAUACCCACCAUGGAACCUACAAGUCCUCCUCCGAAAACAUGAUCUCUUGUUCUUCCAGCUCGUCUUACGGUUCUGAAGCUGAAGAUCUCGACUACGCUGUCACUGAAAGACAACAAGGAUGAAAUCGAGAAAGCGAUUAAAGAUGAACUGAUCAGACGAGGGCUGCCUCCAGACAUAAAGGUCCGCCUGCUGAGCGACGGUUCAGUGAAGGUUAAUAACUAACCGCCCCCUAGUGGCUAACAAUGAAA